UGUUGCGCUUUUCUUUUCUUUUUUACAGUUUAUAGGCAAUUUUAGCAAUGUUCCAAACUUAGACUAUCCUCUUUUUCAACAAUAGCCUUAAUAGAAACGAAAACCUCUCCGGUGCUGCAGCAUGCGCUCAUUAGCUACCUGUGAGCUGCUCCUCCCCUCCCUUUAUAGACAUGUUGCAUGCAGCCCUGCUGGAUGUGACACAGAUAAACCACUGUUUUCCUACUGAACCCACAUUCACAGGGAAGUAGGACAAUGUAAUAGAGUUUAGUUGGUAAUCCAUAAUCUCAUCUCACCCUGUCAAAGUAAUUUCACUCUUUUUUUUCUUUUUCUUUUUUUUAACCAGGUACUGAGGUUGACUGGGAACCCAUUCUCAUUUACAGCAACAACUGUGGGAGCAAAACUCAUGACUAGUUUGAAGAGUUAAAACAGAAUGGCUAUAUAAGGAAUGGAACAUAUAGGGCCAGGGCCCCGCUACCAUUAUAACCUAUACAGCUGUCAGAUGUGGACAUUAACAAGCAAUAACUGAGAUGGAAAGAUGACGGCGAAAAUUCAAGGGAAGCUAUUUUCACAUAGAGGGAGGGGAUUCUAUACGUUAUGAAAAGGCAGAAUCCUAUAAAGGCAGGACUCUGUGAUAUGAGAAUUUAGUCUUUUCCAUGGAGGCGCUCGGCUCUGUUACGUUUGUAAAAUAUUAUUUUCCAUGGAAGGGCUCGGCUUUGCUACUUUGAAUUAAAGUCUAUUAUUGAAUUCACAAGUUCUAGUAAGAGUGUUAUAUUUCUGAGUCAAUAUUCCACCACACAACCGGGGAAUAGUUACAUGGGAGAGGAGGGGGGAUGAAUGAGCCAAUUGUAAACUGGGGAUGAUUAGGUGAUCGUGAUGGUAUGAGGGCCAGAUUGGGAAUUUAGCCAGGACACCAGGGUUAACACCCCUACUCUUAUGAUAAGUGCCAUGGGAUCUUUAGUGACCACAGACAGUCAGGACACUCGUUUAACAUCCCAUCCAAAAGAGGGCACCCAACAAAGGGCAAUGUCCCGAAUCACUGCCCUGGGGCAUUGGGAUAUGUUUUAAAAAAGAGUGCCUCUUACUGGCCCUCCAAUGCCACUUCCAGCAGCAUCUGGACCAACCCUGAAGCAAGCCAGCAGUGGAAUGUAGGGUGGUAUGCUGCUGGCAAUUGUUAUUUUCUGAAUGAACAGUAGCCUAAGUAACUGUCUUGACUGAGAAUAACAUGAUUCAAUGAAUGCAUUGUAUGAUUAGCUUAAACUUUAACUCAUGACUUCUACAAUUAAAUUGCACUUUGUUAGCUCAAGGUUUCCCAAACUUGGUCCUGCCCUAGCACUACACAGAGUAUUCAAAUAAUCAAAGCUUGAUGAUGAGUUGGUUAUUUGAUUCAGCUGUGUAGUGAUAGGGAAAAAAACGAAACUUGCACCUGGAGGGGUGCCCCAGGACUGAGCUUGGGAAACCCUGAGUUGGCUGGUGGCUUCAUGUCAUACAUGCAGCAUUCUGUUGAGAUUUCCUUCCCAGAUACAUAUUUGAAAAUGUGUGGGCUUUGGCGCAGUAUCUUCACCCUAAUGGUCAACGUUGGUGAAAUCUAUCUUUUGAUUGGUGCAUAUUUUUGUCAAUAUACCCUGCUACACUGCCACUGAGUUUGCGCACCACAGACCUAGGAUCAGAUUUCUUUACCCCCAAAAUAAGGUUCUCCAUAUAGGAAUGAUCAAAUAUCUGAUUCUGAAUCGGUACCUCAAUCCACAGGCUGACUGUCAUCAUGGUUGUCUGAGCCGUGUGUCAGUUCUGGCAGCUUUGUGGGAAUUUGACACUAUGGGAAAACUAGAUGAGUUACUUUAAACCCGGUAGCUAGUUGUGAUGCGGAGAGGAGACCCUGUUCCCCGCGCCUUCCAGGCCCCAGUGGAUGUCCAUGCUAGUGUAGAUGGCCAGGUGUACAUGUUCAGGCGAGGCCAGCAGAAUGACUCUGCUGGCUCUUCAGAGGAAGAAGAGUUCAAUGUGAUGGAGUUGAGGCCCCGGGGGUGGCACGAGCUGGAACAGGACAGACGCGGUAGCCUCAUGCUGCUGGAGAGGGACGUAUUGGUUGGGGACAACCUCAACAAACUUGCGCUGCAAUAUGGCUGCAAGGUGGCAGACAUAAAGAGAGUGAACAACCUGAUUCAGGAACAGGAUAUAUUUGCUUUGAAAUCAAUCAAAAUCCCUGUGAAGAAACACAGCUUAUUGACUGAGGCUAACGCAGAGCUAAAGGAGCCAGAUCCAGGAACCUCCAAUUCAGCCACACCACUGCCCCAGCCACAGGGCAAACUUACAGCCAGUUCCCCUGGUAGGCCACAUCUACAGGAGUACACCGACUACCUCAAGGAAGUGGACCAUGACAUUGAGAGACUGAUCCAAACCACAAAUGCACAGGAUGAGGUUUUUUUAGAGGCUGCAGAAAGGCCACAAAAGUUGGGCUCCAGAGGCCAGCGCCUGACCAGCUAUGGAGCAGACUGGGGCAUCCAGUGGUGGAACGCUGUGGUGGCCAUGCUCCUGAUAGGCAUUAUCCUACCUGUCUUUUAUGUUGUUUAUAUCAAAACCUCAAACAGCUCAGGGACAGGCCUCAGCACAGACAGCCCUAGGAGCACUUUUAGCAGCCAAGAGAGUGUGUCUCUCAGUCUGAACAAACCGAACACUUAAUUGAGGGAAACAAUGUCUAUGUACUUCAUGCUUAACUUUGGUCAACCAAUGUUAGCCAUAAGUACAAUCACUUUGAAUCCCUAAAUAAUGUUCUGCUUAAAGGUCAUGAAAGUAUUGCCUUAACAAAGCUGUGUUUGCUGUGUAACAUUUCUUUACACAAGCUGGAAGCUUUUACUCUAGUAUGAAUUUUUGUAUGUGCUUUACCAAGUAUAUUGGACUUCAUAGUUACUGAUUUUGUGUGCCUUAUUAGAUGUGUGACUUAUCCAGUCAACUGUUCUUUCUUGUUUGUGCUAAUUAUUUUUGAAUGUAUUUUAACACAAGUGGUUGCUUUGUGACAUUACAGCUUCAAUUUAAUAUAGAUAUUCAGUUUCGGACUUUCUUAGACAGUCUGAACUAAUGGUACAAAAUGUUUUAUUUUUCUAUGAUAAGGAUAUAAUGCCAACAGUGCCAUUUACAGAGAUGUGUAUGAACUAACAUGUUUGUCUUUUGUUUCAAUACUUUAUUAAGUGCAGUAAAUGUCCUUUAAAGGGAUAAUUGUGGAUUUUGGCAAUGUUGCCCUUUAUCUACUUCCUCAGGGUCAGAUGAACUCGUGGAUACCAUUUUUAUGCAUUUGCUUGCAUUGUUUUGGUAGUUUUGUGAGUCAAUGCUAACCAGCGUUAGCGCAAUGCCUGGAAGUCUACUUUUCCCAUAGACUUUCAGUUAUUGCGCUAAUGCUAGUUAGCAACUUCCAUCAAACUGCACGCAGAUACAGUACAUAAAAAUGGUAUCCACAAAUUCAUCGGACUCUGGGGAAAUAAAGGGCCUCAUUGCCAAAACCGCCGAACUAUCCCUUUAAACUAGGAAUUAAAACUCAACCAUGCAUGCAUAAAAUGUCCGCGUGCAGGUCUGUGAACUAGGCUAUGCGGUGUGUCACACUGAUGUAGGCCAGAACUAUCAGAAAGCAAAGCAGUCAAAGGUUUUUCAAUACUGCUGCCAUGGUCUGUUUCAAUCAAGUGCUCUUACUCUUUGUGCCAAUCAGUUAAUGUUACUCCUGGAAAAAUAUAGCCUGAUAUUCCUAUUGGCUUCGAUCCAAAAGAAUGGUGAGAAUAUGUGAAUGUAUUAAUUACUCCGGUUAGUAACAACCUUUAUAAGUUAGCAGUAGUGUUAUUUUCCAAAGUUACAAAAGUGUUUUGAGAAUGUAUGAACCAUUCAAGAGGGCUCAAAUUAUGAAUCAUUUGAAACAUGUUGGCAGUCUUGUAUCAAACUGACCCUUUUCAGUAUUUUCCCCAUUACUUUUUAAAUUGGUUAACAAAAAUUAUUUACAAGCAUAGCCUAAAGUAUGUAAGGCACAGGACCAGUGUAACAUGACUACAGUAAGCAGUGACACAAUGAAACUAUUUGUUCCAGGUCGAAGUUUUAACUGUUGAAGUUAGUUGUAACUGAGCUGUGUGUGUGUAUAUAAAUAAACGCAACAUGUAAAGUUUUGGUCCCAUGUUUCAUGAGCUGAAAUAAAAGAUCCCAGGAAUGUUCCAUACA